AUGCAUUUCAUAAGAGGACUGGUGACAUGGUUACUUCAGCCCAUUCUCCUCCUAUACAAGCUGUUGUUUGGAAGAAGAAGAAGCUCCUGUAAUAAUAGCAGCUGUCACCAAUCAGAUGCUACUAUUACCUCUACUUCUCCUCUCGAUCAAUCUGAACAUCAUCCUGAUUCCUUACCCCUGCCGACGGGGGAGUAUGAGGUUUUCUUGAGCUUUCGAGGUCUUGAUACUCGUCAUCAGCUCACUGAUAUUCUUUAUCGUUUCCUCAUCCAUUUGAAAAUUCGUACAUUCAGAGAUGAUGACGAACUCCGCAAAGGCGAAGGAAUAUGGUCCAAUCUCAUCAAGGCCAUUGGGCAGUCCAAAGUUUAUAUACCGAUAUUGUCGGAGAGUUAUGCUCAUAGCAAAUGGUGUCUUAAAGAGCUUGCUGAAAUUGUUGAACAUCAUAAGCGGAAAAAAGGACACAUCAUACUUCCUAUUUUCUAUAUGGUUGACCCAAGAGACGUUCGACACCAAACCGAACCUUAUCAAAGCGCAUUUCAGCAACACGAGAAGGACUUCGAUGUGAAAACCUUACAAAUAUGGAGAGAUGCUUUGAAUGAAGUUGGAACCUUAAAAGGAUGGCACGUAAGGACCAAAGACGAGUAA